AUGGCAGAACAGCACAGAGAGCCCCGGGUCACACUCAUUGAGUUAAGUCCCAGUGAACUCGCUUCCAAGAAGCUAGGUUCGCACAAUCUCCAAGCUGCGGUCGAAGCCCUUCAUCGAGAUGGGAUUGUUGCGAUUAAAAAUGCCGUGAACAUCGCACACUUGGAUAAGCUCAAUGCUAGAAUGAUCCCCGAGGCCAAAGACCUUUAUGCACGGCCGGAAACGCACCGCAACUUUGGCAAAAACACGGGAAACAUCCAGCAGGAGCCCAUCCUGGAAGAUGACUACAUCUUCGACGACGUCAUCGCAAAUCCGUGGGCAACAGAGGCUAUUCAGUGUAUGCUCGGUCCGCAGUCAACUGUGCGAUUUUACAGCGCCAACACUGCUUUCAAAGCGACAGAUCGGCAGCCCCCGCAUAUAGAUGUCACUUUCGAUUUCCCCAAAGUUCCGUUCGGAUACUGCGUGAAUAUCAACCUCGUCGAUACGACUCCAGAAAACGGAGCCACGGAAGUUUGGUUGGGCUCACACCUUGACACGGACAAGGAUAUUCUCCACAUUUCGGAAGAUAGCAUGAAAGUUAAACCCGAGCUCCAAGAACAGCGACGCAAGAUUUCUCCGCCUAUUCAGCCCAGCUUGCCUAAGGGAUCUCUGAUCGUUCGGGAUUUUAGGCUGUGGCAUGCUGGUAGACCGAACCUGACAGAUGAGCCGCGAGUCAUGCUUGUUUCGGUGCAGUUUCCUCGCUGGUAUCGGAGCAAUUUGAAAAUGAGAUUACCGGCUAGCGUUAGAGAUAAGUUGAACUGGCGAGACGCUGUGCCGUGCGUGGAGUGGAUGCCGGAGGGUUAUGACUACCUUCAAGGUGCCCAUGACCAUGAUUUUGUUUUGUUACCCUAG